AUGACGGAAGAUUGUGUGGGUGGUUGGAUAUUAAAUGAAACUAACGCGAUUUAUGAAGUAAAUUCGUCUUCCGACUUUCUUUCACAUGUUGUCACACAAAUCCAUUUAAGAAAAGAAUUUAUGACAUCGCAAACUGUAUCAAAUUCAAUUCAAGAACGAGACGAGAUAAAAAAUUUGCCAACAAGAGGGAUCUAA